CGCAUCAACCGGACGCCGAGCUGGACGGUAUACAGAGGCUCCUAGCACAUUUCCUCAUAUCAAGGAAAUAUCUGCCGGUAAAAAAAAUAGUUUUCAUUGUUUCCACAAGUUGGAAGGUAAUACACGAUAAGUGCAGCACGCUACUGAUAAAUACCUACUUAAAUUCAGUAUUACUUAAGUCCCUGAGUAUAGCAGUCGCGGUUUCAUCGAUCGAUAUAAUCGGUAGGUAAACGGUAGUCUGAACUGCAACGAUGACUUCAAAAAUUCCAUCUUUCACGUUGAACAAUGGCAGAGAGAUGCCUUCAAUCGGGUAUGGCACAUGGCAGGCGAAAGAUGAAGAACUUGAGAAAGCAUUAGAAGCAGCGUUAGAAGCGGGUUAUAGACAUAUCGACACGGCCUAUAUAUAUGAAAAUGAGAAGGUCAUUGGUAAAGUAUUGAAGCGCUGGAUUGAUGAAGGAAGAGUUAAACGAGAAGAUAUUUUCUUGGUAACAAAACUUCCACCCGGUGGUGUUCAUCCCGAAGGAGUUUCAAAGUACCUGAAUAGAUCUCUGGAAAAUCUGCAAAUGGAUUAUGUUGAUUUGUACCUUAUUCAUGCACCAUUUGCUUUCAAAGAUGUUGACGGUCAACCUGUCCCCAUUAAGCCUGAUGGUACUAUUGAUUUAGAUACCUCUACAGAUCAUGUUGCCAUAUGGAAGGAAAUGGAAAAACAAAUGGAUAGUGGUAAAACUAAGGCAAUCGGCUUGUCUAAUUUCAACAAAACGCAAAUAGAAAGGGUAUUGAAGAACUGCAAAAUAAGGCCCAGUGCUCUACAGAUCGAACUUCAUCCAUAUCUUCAGCAAAAUGAAUUAGUUGAUGUUUGCAAACAGAAUAAUAUAAUCGUUACAGCCUAUUCCCCUCUGGGAUCACCAGGCCUAGCAGCAUUCAUGGAAACCAAUUUCGGAAGAAAAAUAAAUUUACCAGACAUUCUUGGAAACCCAACCAUCAAAGCCAUCGCUAAGAAGCAUUCUAAAACAGAAGCUCAAGCAGUAUUGCGUUUCCUCGUUCAGAGUGGAUUCGUAGCCAUUCCAAAAAGCACAAAUCCUGUGAGGCUCAAGCAAAAUCUCGAUAUUUUUGAUUUCGAACUGGAUGAGGAGGAUAUCAAGCAACUAAAGGUUUUGGAUGAAGGGAUCAGGAUUUGCGACUGGAAGGUGGUCAAGGGGAUAGAAAAUCAUCCUGAAUAUCCUUUCAAGGAUGUUAUCAAGGAAUAAGCUUGAGAACUAAAAGCUGACCAUGAAAGAGAAAAUAGGAAUUUCACCUAAAUAUAAAAAUUUCACUGGAAUCAAAAAUUAUUUUUGAUUGUUCAAUAAAAACAUAAAGGAUAAAUAAGAAUGUUGAAGAAAAAUUGUUAAUAAAAUUAUGAAAUAAAAAGCAACGGCCAAAUAUUUCUUCCA